ACACCUCUCCCUUUUCCCAGACAAGCGUUUCAGGUUCGGGUGGAGCUUGGUUUAUCAGUUAGUCACAGUUUUCCUCUGCGUAAAUACGCACGGAGGGCUGAGCGCGGCACACUACUUCCCCAACACUCAUCCUCUGCUUGUCCUUGUUUCCUUCGUCUCCUCAACUCCUCACAAAGCUCUCAAAGCUCCCCAGGACUCGGACAUGUUUCGCUGUGGCAUCGCGUACCCCAGAUGCAGGUGGAUCGUGCCCCUGCUGCUGCUCUUCGCCAUUAUUUUUGACAUAAUCGCCAUUGCUGCUACGUCGGGAUGGGUGGAGGACGAGGACGCGCGGUCUCACUACGCCAAUAUGUGGAGCCAGUGCAGAGGGAGGAACAACGAGUGGGGCUGCAAGACGCUCAUGGAGUUCCCUUGGGCCCAGGCCGUCGCCGCGCUCAUGAUCAUCGGCCUCAUCAUCCUCGUCAUCGCCUUCAUCAUCUCUUGCAUCGCCCUGUGCCGUACGGUUAACAUCGGCCUGCUGCCCGUCAUCGGCGCCCUGCUCAUCCUCGUGUUCAUCCUGCAGGUCAUCGCUCUGAUCAUUUACCCCGUGAAGUUCCAGGACCUGAUCUACGAGGGACACUAUUACUUCAACUGGGCGUACGGCUUCGGCUGGGGCGCCACUAUACUCACCCUCGGCUGUGCCAUCCUCUUCUGCUGCCUGCCCCGUUACGAGGACGAGCUGACCGGCAUGGCCAAAGUCAAGUACCUGUACUCCUCCGAUUAAAGGGCUCCGGGCCCCUGCAGAACUUUGGCGUGGUCAGCUGGAUGCGGUUGACCCUUUGACAGUUUGACACUGGAGCAUGUCACCAAAGCUUGUAACGUGUUUGGCUCUGCACUCACAGCGAAGCAAAAAGGAUGUGGACUGUGCCGAGCUCAGAUCUUUGCUUUUGUACAAAUCUUUAUAUUUAGUUAAACACUAUUUUCUGAACAAAACUAAAACGUCCCAUUAGCCUCACAUUAAACAUUCACAAGUGCACUUAAACAAACAAACGAAUGUAAUCUGAUCUGGACGUCAGAAAGAAUCCAAACGAAAUCCAACUUUGCACAGGCUGCAAAUCAUCCAAGAAUAUUAUAAAAGUAAUAAUUUUUAACUGUUGCUGUUGUAAACUGAGAAACAAAAGGACAGAUGAUACUGGACUGUAUAUUUUGAGUUAUAAGAGUUUAUUUUAACUGUCUGAAAACAAGGGAGUAUUGGAUUUUUAACCUGAUGGUAAUGAGGAUAUAAUGAAUAUGAGUUUAUACUGCACUGUUCAAACGUCGUGUGUCUAAAGGGAGCGAUAUAAAACGUCAUUCCAACUCUUUUCUAACACUAGCUUCAUGUUUUUGAGGAUGUUUGGGCUUUAUUUUUGUAAUACUGUGUUUUAUAAUGCAAUAAUAUGCUAAUAAAAACAGAACGUCUUUAGCCUCCUG